UUUUAAGUAACUCCAGAGGGCGCUCUUUUUCUGCGUUACAUACAACUCGUGUCUUUCAAACGAAAAGUUGCACAACUUAAGAAGCAAUGGUUGUCAUCACAUCAUUUCCACCUCCAACAGAAGGAAUUCGACAUAGAGAGCCAAAUACAAUAGCACAUAUUAAGUCCAGAGAUCUUGGGAAAGGAACUCUUUACAUAGCAGAAAGUCGGCUCUCAUGGGUUGGGGAGAAUGGCCAGGGAUUCUCUUUGGAGUAUCCAUCUAUUUGUCUACAUGCUGUGUCUCGAGACUUGAAUGCUUUUCCUUGUGAAUGCCUGUAUCUGAUGAUUGAUGCUGAACUGGAAAGUAAUGGUGAAGAACAAAAUGGAGAGAGUCAAGAGGAUGAGGAAAGUAAGACAUCUGAAGUUCGUUUUGUUCCUGAAAACACUGGAGUAUUGGAUGCGAUGUUUAAAGCCAUGAUGGACUGCCAAGCUUUACAUCCAGACCCUGAUGACUCGUAUUCUGAUGAUGAAGUGGGAUGCUUUGAGGAUGCAGAAGAUGAUUCUGGGGCUGAAUAUGAUGUGGCAGCAGCAGAGAGAGGUUGUGGUCAUGUGGACGCUCCACGGGAUGACUUUUGUGGUGAUGAGUGUGAAGAACCCAUGGAUGUAGCCCAGUUUGAAGAUGCGGAUGCAGAACAUUGACAUCUAGCGAAGUAUCAUUGCAUCACGUUUGUUGCAUCCUGGAGAUCAACGUCUUGCUGGAAGAUGAAUCCCUGCCAAAAGGUCUUGAUCCUGAGGGAAUAACAUAAUGAAUAAGAAUUUGAUUCUACUUGUCAGCAGUCAGGGUGCCAUCAGUUUUCUGUAGAUCUCCAACAUCACUGACUGAGGUAUAACACAUUUGUAUUGGUCCUCCAGCAUGUUUCACUAAUGUUAUAUGUUGAUUCUGAUACCAUUCUCCUCUCUGCCAACAAACAGUUAUUGAUUCUUAACAAACAAUUUUAAUUUGGAUUUAUCUGUAAAGAGUGCCAUCAUAUGACUUUGCUUAUCCAAUUGUUUGAACUUUUAUGCCCAUUUCAGACUUUGGGUUUAGCUCUUUCUCCUUAGCAGUGGUUUUUGAACAGCUACAAAAACCACUGAAGCUACUUUUCAGAGUUUCCAUACAGCUCCUACUGAAAUAUGACAUUUUAAAUGCAGAUUUGUGGACAUUGUUGUUUUCUAUAAAUAGGUUUGAUUCCUACAUGUCUGUCAUGUGGAAUUUUAGUCUUUGGAGUUGUAAGUGCAUUCACUACACCAUUUCUGAGAAUCGUAUGAUUGACUGCUUGUACUUUUAUAGGUAUUAUGCUGGUAUAACACUGGUUGGAUGACAGCCAUUUAUAGUAUAAACUAUCAAACAUGACUAUUCUAGUGCAAUUCAGUUUCAUACAAUAGAGAGGGAGUAGUACCACACUAUUUCCUCUUUACGCCUUCAUAAUAACUUACAAUACUGUAUAUGUUGAUGGGAACCUCAACUACACUCGUGCAGGAUACAUAAAUAUGAACAUUACUACUUCUUUCUAUGAAUAGGAAAAAAAAAAGAGAGUUUUACAGCAGCAAAUUGGGAUUUCUUUCUUAAUAUUCUUGAAAAUAGGUUAUCUCGCAUAUACAUGACAAGAUCCCUACGUCUUACUUUGAUCUCUUUCAGAUUAUUGAACUAAUUUGCAUUUGUAAAAUCCACAUUAACCUUUACUUGUAUCACAGAUUGUCUUGUGAAAAAUUAUAGUUCAAUGCUUUUUCUAAGAUAUGUAAAGGUUAAACAAAUAUUUAUAUCUUGGCAAAUUGAAAGAUAGGAGGUUAAAGUUUUAUAUUCAAGUCUUUCAUUAUCUAUAGUUUGCAUUUGUAAUUGGUUGGACACUCUUGAAAGCCAUAUAACGGAAGGGAGAGAAAGGUGAAGAUUGAUAUUUUAUUCAAGUAUUUCCUCUCAAAAUUAAUAAAUUAAAACUUAAGUCAAAAUUUGAUUUUAUUUACUACAUCUUAAGGCAAAGUUUAUUAAGAUAUGUUGAUAAUAAAGCUGUUUAAUUUAAUUUUGAAUAUACAUAAAAUGUCACGAUACGUGCACCUUGACCAAGGUGAGUGCAUAGGGUUAAAUCAGUUAAUGACUUGAAAAUCAGUUUUCAAUUUUUACAACUAUCCAGUAAUCAAAGUUAUGGUUAAAUCAGUUAAUUUACAAAAGUAAUCAACUAAUAAAAAUUGGUGUUUCUAAUUGUUCCUGUUUUUGAUUAUUUAGUAAAUGAAAUAGUACCUCUAUGAUAUUUUCAAUGAAUUCAGGUUUGUUCAGCUUAAUUAUCUGGUGUCAUUACUCAUGAAAAUAAUCAUAUAAUCAAUAUUAAAAUUUCCAGAUAUUGCCAUUUUAUAUUAUUUAAACUAUUCAAGUAAUUAGAAUAAUUACAUUAUCUUUCUGUAGCAUAAAACUACAAAAUGGGUUACUUGUGCUCUGCCCACCACAGGUAUGAAAACUAAAUUUUUUAGUUUUUAUUAGCCAUCUCAUGAGAAUAAUCACUUAAUGAGCCUGCCCAAUGAUUAAUCAAGUUGCAAGUUCCACCACUGAUUGCCAAACCCUAGUAAAGAAUAGUGUUUAGUAUUAGGUCUAAAAGCCAUAUUUUAAGUACAUUCAGUUUACAUACUUGGUCUUGUAUUUUGCAAUUGUUUUGAUAGAUGGGAGCUUUUAUAACAAUACAGCAUGUGAAUAUUUCUGAAUUUUACAUAUACAAAACAUUUUUAUUUAUUGUGUAAAAUAGCAUGCACGUAUAGGCACGGUGCCAUUAUCUAUCUAGUGGAUGUCACAUUAAGAUGCUUUCCUAUCUUUAUGCCAAGCUGUGGGUUCAUUGGAUAUAAAUACCUCAAGAUUGUGUACCAUUUCGAAACUGGAUAAAUAAACAUUUUAUUAAGUUUGC